AUGUCGUCCACCUCCAUGGCAAAGAAAAACAAGGCGAAGAAAGCGGCCGACCCAAACGAGACAUCUAAGCUUUUGGCCGCCAAGAUCUCCCAGCUGGAGCAAGAUGCCGCCGGCGAGAAAGACCAAGAGGCAGAAAUUGAGCGUGAGGUCAAGAAGGCAACUCGUGAUCUCAACCAGCUUUUGAGCAACAUUGAGUCUCCUAUGACCAAACUUGAAACCGUUCACAAGAAGUACACCGAGCUGUUGGCGGAUAUGAAGAAGUUGGAUCGUGACUAUUCUAAGAGCAAGAAGCGUGCCGAUCAGCUACAAAAAGACCAGGACAAGGGCAAGUCUGAUCUCAACAAGACCGUUACAAUGAAGGACAAGCUGGAGAAGCUGUGUCGAGAACUGACGAAGGAAAACAAGAAGGUCAAGGAUGAGAAUAAGAAGCUGGAGGACACUGAGAAGAAAGCGCGCUUGAUUGUGAAUGAGCGUCUCGACUCGCUCCUCUAUGACAUUCAAGACGUCAUGGCUGCCAAAGGGAACCCCCGCAGCGAAAAGGUGGAUGUCGAUUUGGAUGAAGCACUCCGUGCCAAGCUUAAGACCAUCAGCGAGCAAUUCGACGCACGCGACCUGCAUUACAGGGGCCUCCUACGUGGCAAGGACUCCGAGAUCCAAAGUCUCGCUUCCAAGUUUGAGGAGCAGCGUCGCGCUGGUGAAAUCGAAGCAAACCGAAGCCGAGCUUUAACCUCCCAGGUUUCCACUUUCUCCCAUACCGAGGCCGAGUUACGCAGCCAACUCAACAUCUACGUGGAAAAGUUCAAACAGGUACAGAAGGGUUCCUAUAACCCCUCUCAUUCCCCGGUCGCUGACGAAGACCACCAGGUCGAGGACACUUUGAACAACAGCAACGAUCUUUUCCUUACCUUCCGCAAGGAGAUGGAAGAAAUGUCCAAGAAAACCAAGCGCCUGGAAAAGGAGAAUCAUACUCUCAACCGGAAGCAUGAGCAAACUAACCGCAAUAUCCUGGAAAUGGCAGAGGAACGGACCCGAAACCAUGAAGAACUUGAAAGAUGGCGACGGAAGUGCCACCAUCUAGAAGCCCUUUGUCGGCGUAUGCAAGCCCAGGGCCGAGGCGAAGGACUUGCUCUAGCGGAAGGCGAUGAUCAUUUAGAGGGGGAUGAUGAAGGCACUGAAAGCGAGUACGACGAUGACUACGAAGAUGAUGAAGAGGAUAUCAGUGAUGAGGAAGAUCUCGAGCCACCUACCCGGGUCGAACAACCCUCAGAGAAGCCUGUCUUCGGUCCCACCCCGCCGCCCAAUCUUUUGGAGGCUCGAGCGAAUGGCAACGGUGCGGAGGUCAAUGGCUUGGUGUUUUAA